AAGCGAUGCGUCAUGAAAGCUGCUGCUAAGAUGGGAACUAGGGUGUGAACCUCUUAGUGAAACUGUAGUUUAAAAUAAAACUGUAGUGCUAUAUUGAGUGGUGUGAAGAACAUUAGUGUUGAAAACGUAAAUUCUAGUCUAAACCAAAAAUGUUAGCCCACUUAGGAAUUGGUCUAACAGCUCGUUUGCUGCUGAUCUGCUACGCUGAAAUUCAAGACAAAGUGUCUGAAGUUCAGUACACGGACAUUGACUACAAAGUUUUUACCGACGCAGCCAGGCAUGUGUUCAAAAGUGAGUCGCCGUACGAAAGGUACACAUACAGAUAUACUCCACUGAUAGCGUACAUGUUGACUCCCAAUGUGUUUUUUCACCCUGCCUGGGGGAAAUUCCUUUUUUCAAUACUGGAUGUAGUUGUUGCGAUUCUAAUAAAGAAAAUAGUUUCCUUACAGUAUCCAAACGUGAGUGAGAGUAUGUGUGUAAAGUGUGCUUUGGCUUGGCUUUACAAUCCUCUAGCAAUCGUCAUCUCCACUAGAGGCAAUGGGGACUCUUUAGCAGCUGUCUUAGUGAUUUUAACGAUUCUGUUUCUUAAGAAAGAAAACUACUUUUUAGCAGGAGUUAUUCACGGGGUUGCUAUACACACUCGCCUGUAUCCUAUUGCGUUCAGUUUGGCGAUGUAUUCUUCCAUCCCGUCGGAUUACAAAUGCUCAAAAACAUCUUUUUCAAAAAUAAUAAAGCUAUUUAUUCCCAACUCAAAAAGACUAAAACUAGUUUUUGGUUGUGUCCUGGCGUUGAGCUGGCUUACCUUCAUGUUUUAUAAGCUGUAUGGUUACACUUACUUGGACGAAAGUCUUCUGUUUCAUUUAAGAAGGCGCGACAUCAGGCACAACUUCUCUGUUUAUUUUUACCAACAGUACUUGUCCUACUUCAUUUCCACGAAUAUUUAUCAACGGGUGUUGACUUUAGCACCACAACUGAUUUUGCUGUUCAACUUUUCUCUGUUGUACGGUUCCUCGCGUGACCUACUGUUCUGCUUGUUGUGUCAAGCAGUUGUCAUGGUCGCAUACAACUCUGUACUCACAUGUCAGUACUUCAUCUGGUUCCUGUCUCUCUUGCCGCUGUGUUUGCCGCACUUGAAGAUUGGGAAGACACAAUGUGCGACUCUCGCCUUCCUGUGGCUCGCAGCUCAACUCGCCUGGUUGUUGCCUGCAUACUGGCUCGAGUUUAAAGGAAGGAACACAUUUAUGUACAUAUGGCUGCAAGGAAUCGCAUUCUUCUGUGCCAACAUGGCGGUUUUGGCUCGACUGAUUACGUCUUACCAACCAAGGAAAAAACAGGAAUGAAGGAAACAGUGUGAGGUCUUUUAUACUAACCCGUUUGGUAGUACGGUAAGUUAGACUGAUGAAAUGUGCUGUAUACAUUUUGUUUGUUAAUUAAAAGAUCACAUUUGA